CGUCGCCACCUCCUCCCUGGCCCUGCGCGGCUCCUCCUGCCGUGCUCUCUUAUUCCGCUCUCCUGCCCUCCUCCUGUCUUGCCUUUGCCGCCGCCUCCCGGCGGAGAGCGGCCCCCCGGCGUGAGGGGCGCGGCCACACCCGGGGAGCGCCGCCCUGCCGAUGGGGGCCCGGUGCAAGCCCCGACAAGCGGGGCUGGGCUGGGUGAGCUGCCCUCAAGCUGUGCUCUGUAGGAGGUUUCCCUCCGCCGCGCUUCGCUCCUUCCCGCCGCUGCAAGGAGUGGUGGCGGUGGGAAUGACGGAGCUGCAGCGGCCUGAGAAGUCGAAUCGCCGAUAUUUCACGGUUUCGCAGCCAUUAUCUUUAUACACACACCCAGCGUCGUGCCCGUGGACUCGGCUCCUGGAGCGCUGUGGUGGCGGGAGGAGCCGGGUGUCGGGAGCAGCGGGGCUUAUCCGCAGCCACAGCUGCUCAUGGUGUGCUCCUCACACCGCCCCAGUGUGGCCUGACUGCUUUCCUUCGCCCCCUUUUCCGCAGUGGUGUUUUUUAUAAAUUCUAGAAACAACUUCUUAACAAAAUCAAUAAUUCGCCACAGCUAUAUCCCUUUCUUUGUUAAUACUACAAAACAAAAAAAACCUACCCCUCAAAACUGCAAAUAUCUUGGGGCUGCAACGAAGAAAAAGCAAAGGCAAGUGUAUCUUGCCUGCAUUUGGUAAGCCUCGCAGUUAAACGCCGAGUCUGAGUAAUUCAAGUGUCUGUGAAAUGUAAUUAACAAUACCUGAGCUGGUUAGAUUUCCUGAAAUAGCACAGUGAUGUUCUUCCUGGAACUGCUUUUUAUUGACAUAGAUUGGAGGUGUUGACAACAGCAGUAUAACGCUAAUGCUAGGAAGCAUGUGCUUCUGAAUUGUUUAUUUAACCAGUAUUAUUUUAAAGUGGAUUUCUUUAGAAAGUUCCUGUUCUUCCUUUCCUUCCUUUCCUGUUUUUCCUUUCUCUUACACACUGCAGACAAAUUGUCCCUCUAAGCUACCAAGGAAUGCCAGAAUUGUGAGAGCUGUUGUGCUUCACACUUCUGUAGUGGAGUCAGGCAAUCUUUGAUGGUUUAAUUUUUCAUAAUAUUAAAAAGUUCUGCAGAUAAAGGAGGAUGCUCUUCUAGUCUGAUUACCCAAUUUUAACAUUGUACACAACUAUUGCAAUUGAGUGGGGGGAAAAAAAACCCAACAAACCCCAAAUCCCUGACCCUGAGUUAAAUAUCUGUGAAGUUAAAACUCAGCUCUGGCCUAAUCUGAAGUUCACUGUUGUUUUGAUGUAUUUUUAUUUUAAGUGUGACAUCCUCUUACCUUUAUAAGUACAGUGAUAUUAAAUAUUGAUGACUAUUUCACUUCUCCAACUUCAAUUAGUGUAGAUGUAUCCUGGUGUUUUGAAAGGCAGUUCCUAAUUACUGUCUGUUAUGAGAGAGAUUUGACCUGGUCCCUUGGGUUCUUUCCUGUGAAAGCUGUCUCAUUUAUUUUGGGAUAAGGUGGCUAAAAUGAUUCUUGGCAUGUAUUGUUUAACAUGUGUAUAUUUUCUUGUGAACAGUAAUUGUUGCACCCUUCAGAACACAAUUUUCAGUUUUAAGGUGAAGUUUUUAGUUACAAAGCUUAUUUGGUUAAGGACUUCCUCCUUUAGUGGUACCCAAGAGGAUUAAAAAGGCUGUAAAAGAUUUUCAGUUUUCAUGCUGAAGCAGAUACAAGAGGCAGAAGAACUUCUUUAUUCUCACAGAAAACUUUGAAUGAAAUUUAAAAUGUUGCACAAUAAAAAAAAAGCCUGUGAUAUAGCCAUUUAUGAAGUCAUUGAAGGCUGAUAUUUAACUUCGAAUUGUCUCAGUAAGGGAGUUUAAAUUGUUUUAAAACAUUUUUAUUACAGAUGUGUGACUUCUCUUACCAAAUUCUGAAGUGCUGUGUCUUUUGAGUUCGCCGUUCAGUAUUCCUUUGUGAAGGAAAGCCCUUUAAAUGUACAUCUGAUGAAUCCAGAAGUUGUUCUUUAUGAAGUAAUUAAUUUUAUAAUUAAGUCAGGACCUUGUCUAUGCUAUGAACUGUGUAGGUGACUGGACAUGUCAAAGCUGAUUGUAGCUGACAGCUUGUGGCUGACUCUCUCCUUGUAUAUUUAUGAAAUAUAAACAGGAUGAUUCAUUGUGUUUCAAUUUUUUAGUUUAUUUUUCCUUACAUUGGUUGUUUUUUCUGUUAGGCAUUUUCCCCACCUCUUACAGCUAUAGGAAAAUGUGGUAGAACAUUUCAUUUUAACUGAUAUUUAUUAAAAUAUUUACUUUAAUACAUUUUUUUUUUAGUAAUGUGAAGUCAUAAUAUUUUAUGGUUGCCGAGUGAGUGAGGGGGUUUGCCACAGUAAAAAUAAGUUUAAAUGCUUUUCCUUGUUUAGUAUGAAACAAACAAACAAAUUCCAAGAAUAUUUAGUUCAGACAUUUAUCUUGAGUAGGUGACAAAUAAUGCAGGCACGUGGCAGCCUGGAUGUGAGACAAAUGUCUGGUUCAAGUCUGUUCUGGAAAUUUGUACAUUUUGAAGUAGGUGGCAUAUUUUCAAAAAAGGAAAAGGAAAGGGAAAAAAGUGCUUCAUUGUUUCAAGCCUCAUUAGAGUUUUAAUGAACAGUAGAGGCUGAGGAGGAAUGUUCAAACAGCUGAAAGCUCUGUGUGUUUUAGGGGAGCUGCAUUAAGGAGGCUCUCAGAUAUCUCCUGUUCUCUUGCUGGGGUCUUUUCCCCUUUGGCUCAAACACAAACGUGUUUUGGCUGACAUUUUUGGUUGCUCCCAGUAAUGGGAAUGGUUUAUGAUAACCAGCACUGCUGAAAUCGUGAUGGAUUUCAUUCCCAGUCCUGUUCCAUGAUUAUUGUCUGGCUAUGUGCUGGAUGAGGGUUUCUUUUCUUAGGUGCAUGGGUGCUGAAAGUACUUAAAUUGGGAAUUUAAGGGUGUCAGAAGCAGAGAUGGGAACUUUUAAACACAAGACUGACCAUUUGAACAAUGUGGUAUGACAAGAUUUUGAUGUUCCCUCAUAACUUGCAUUUAAAGGAUGUUCACUUUAAAAUUCUAGCAGUUUUUGUGUCGAUUGUUUUGUGGUGAAAAAGAUGUGACUGUGCACGUGGGACAAGAAAAGCCAGAGGUCUGGGCAGAAGAUUAUUAGAAUAUUGGGGGGUGUUGGUGUACCUGAUGUCAGAGCUAGUUUACUGAGAAAUGUCUCAGAAGGUGGGGUAAUACGGAAUGACAUAAAAUCAUCUCAGUUUAGAUUUCAGCCAGUCACACAAAAACAAGACAUAUUGACAAGCUUUCUAUCUAACCUUAUAAAACAUACGUAAUGGUAGUUAAAACAAAGACUAUUUCAUAAGAAACAAAGAACAGAGUUCUAUUCAUGCUAACUUUCUAAAGAUAUACAUUAAAUAAACUUGUUGCUAUCUUAAAGCUAAAUCUACAAAGUCUUAUUGUUAUUUGUCACGUCUACUACUUAAAAAACUUCUCCACUUGCUUAAGAAACUUCUGCUGUAACAGAACUUCGAAUUAGAAGCUAAAGCCUACAUACUCUUUUUUAACUAUUUUUAAAAAACCCUCUAACUUUAUAGAUUCUAACAAGUGAGGAAAAAGAGGGUGACAUUGAUUAAACUUUGGAUUAACUAUUUUUUUGGUAAUGUUGACUUUAAAUCAAAGACUGACAAGUAACUAUCUGCAAUGGCCAAUUUGCAGCUUACCAGGUUUGUUUAUUUGAGCUUUGCGAAGGCUACAGCUGUGGUCUCUGCACUUAAACUGGGAUCAUUUACCACUGGUUUUAGAAGGCACCAGUGUAGGAAGUUACAUGUUCAAGAGGCCUGAAUUUCCAAAACUUGUAAGGUUUCAAAAUUGCACAAAAGACUGGAAAUUGAAAUAAUCUUCACAUUUCGUUGAAUGAAGAAGUAACCAUGGAACGAAGGCAAAGAGGAGUCAGUGCUGGACUGCUUUUGCUGCUUUAUCAAAUUUCUCAAGUUGGGCUCCAGAACAUUCCUGCUGUUACCCUUGGGGUACUUGUGCUGAAUAUUUUUCUCUUUCUGAAUCCUUUGAGGCCGCUCUCUGAAGUGUGUCUCAGUGUAAAUGAAGCUGUCCACAAAAAGAACUGGCAGCGUUUGCUGCUUUCUCCUUUCCACCAUGCAGAUGAUUGGCACUUGUAUUAUAACAUGAUUUCCAUGCUCUGGAAGGGCAUAAUGCUGGAAAGAAAGCUGAAGAGCAUAUGGUUUGCCUACAUAAUUGCAGUAUUUUCUGUACUGAUUGGAGUAGUUUACAUGGUGCUGGAAGUCCUGCUUGUGAUAAUUCUGGAUGAUCCUUCCUAUGAAAUGAAUUGUGGCGUAGGUUUUUCAGGAGUCUUGUUUGCUUUGAAAGUUCUGAACAACCAUUACAACCCAGGAAGAGUGAGCAGUGUCUUUGGAUUGCCCAUAUCCAGUAAAUAUGCGUGUUGGGUGGAGCUGCUGGCUAUUCAUUUCAUCUCCCCAGGGACUUCUUUUGCUGGGCAUCUGUCAGGGAUUCUUGUUGGAUUGAUGUACACUAUGGGACCUCUGAAAAAGAUCAUGCGAGCCUGUGCAGCUGGCAUUUCUUUCUUCACUGAGCCUGACAGGCCAAGGGACUACUAUUCAGAGUAUUAUGGCCAUUAUCCAGAUUAUCAAUACAGAGUUCCAAGGAGCUACUUUGAUUAUACAGGUGGGCUCACUGAAGAGGAACAGCUUGAAAGGGCAGUGCUAAACAGUCUUAAUGAAAGAGAUGUUGGUGGAGGAACACACAAUCAUGGGCAGCGACCUUAUGGGUUUUGGUUUCCACCUGAGAACUCAGAAGAGGACAUGAGAAGGCGAAGGCUUCGUAGAUUUGACAGAUGAUGAAGUUGGCAGGUGUUGAUGUAAAGUGCUAUUCAGGCUUACCAAAAUAUUUACAGAUUUAUUUGUAAUCUGUAAUUUACAGAAUAAUUUAUAGUAUUUUUCCAUUAUUUUUACUACUUGUUGCAAAACUGCAUAGAAUUUUGUGGGUUCAAACUCAAAGUUGGAACUUGAAUAAAAACCAUGUGAGAUAGGAAUAAAUAUGUGAUCUUUGGCCAUCUCCAUCUUAAUGCACCUUAAAUGGAAGAAGACUGAUGUUUUUUUCAAACUGUCUUUUUUUCCUUAAAUUAUUUUGUAUAGCUUUAAGAAUUCCUCAGCUUCUUGACUGCUGAUGUUCUCAGACAACAGGUUUUCUUCUUCCAUUGCAACUGAAAUGUUACGUUUUCUAUGUAACUUUGAAACUAUGCAGUUUUUCCUCACAAACCUUUCUCAUUUAUCUCUGAUGACCAGUUCAUUUUUUGGGAUUACCAUGUGAAAUGCCACUUGAAAAGAUUGGUUUGAUGACAGUAGCUGGGUUAUGUGAAUCUAGGCUUAAGCUCUUGAGCAGACAAAUAGUUGCAGCUAUCCUUCCCCUGCUGUCCUUACCAAGGAAUUUUUCAAUACAAACUUCAGUGUGGCAGUCUUCCUGACAUCAUAUUAUCUAGAACUUGGAUGAGAUAAAACUGAGUGGUUACUACUUAUGUUUUCAUAAAGCCUUUCUUAAUAUUUAUGUUUUAAAUCAAAAACUGCUGCCCUUUACAGAGCUGCAAUAAUUUAUUAGGAGUUUUCUGUAAAGGUAGGUGGCUAUGCCAUACACAGUAUAUAUUUAUUUACUAAUAUUUUUGAAAUGUCUGUUUCCCUUUCUAAGAAGGCUUGGAAGUUUUCUUUUGUAUAUGCUGUUCAUGCAGCUUUAAAAAUUCCACUAUUUCUCUAUAUUUAUCUUGUUUGAAGACCAAUCUCAGAGCUGAGAGUUUGUAGACUUGUGGAGAUCACACCUAAACACAGGCUACCUUGAAUUGUUCAUUUUUGAGAAUUUCCUUACCCAGCCAGAGGAGCUGACAGGAGACCGGAGAGCUCAGGUGUCCCACUGGGCACACCCUCCACAUAAGUCUGUCUUCUCUAUGGCACUGCUGCCUCUUAAUGUUAACUGAUGAACCUUGAGGGCUUUGGUUUCCAGUAUCACCAUGAAAAUCACUCCUUGUCCAGGCAUUUUAUCCUCAGAAUGAAAGAACUUGGGGACGUUCCUGUAAAUCUGUUGCAGAGCGGUGUGGCUGCAGAAGAAUAAUUUGGUUAUUGGCUUUUGACACAGACCUGUUGGAUUCUCCUCAUCAGCACUGAUGGAGUGAGGAUUAGGAUAAGCAGUUUAAGGGUUUCACCAACCUGUGCUUUAUGAGGUCUACUUUUCUAUGAGGUUAUUUUUUUAAUAUAAAAAACAGUGCUGUGUAUUUCAUACAGAAAAAUAUCCUGAAAGGAAAUUUUUUACUGUGUUCUUUCAAUAAAUAGUACCUGCCCUUUCUGUUUGUAGCUAAUGUAUGUAAGGGAAGCUCUUGUUUGCUGGGAAAAGCACAAUAUCAGGAUGCAGACUUUGGGCUCGAGGUUUUGGGACACAACAGGCACAACUGCAGUGGGAAUCCAGCUACAGACAGAAUGCUGAUUUCUGCUGUGUUCUUGGGCUUGGUUGAUUUUGUAUAUAUGCAAUAGCCGUAGAUUAAACAGCAGACACUUUUAUAGAAGGCCAACUUUUUUAUGUUCACUGAAAAUAAGUCUCAAAAACCUGUAUACUUUUCUCAGCAGGUAAUAAUCAGAUGUAAAUGAGAAGGAUGUAGCAUUGGUUCCUCAGAAAUCCUUUAAUGCUCUGGUCAAAAGUUUCAGUGUAACAUACUGUGUGUGCUAAACUCUGAUAUUUUUCUUAUUUAAAAGCACAGGAUGUGCUGCUAGUCAGGUAAAAAAGAUACUUAAGGAAAAUCAAAAACCUGAUUACAAUUUAUAAGCCCUUGGUUUUGUAAAGUGAACUUGGACAUACAUGCCAUUAAAUAUUCACAAAAAUUUUCAGUACUAAUAAAUGUUCUGUUGUUUUGACUUUUUUUUGUAUACAGAAUUGAAAUAAAUAUUUUUUUAACAUUUAAA